AUAAACGUUCCAUAGUAAGCAAUUGAUUGUCACGUUACGCAAUUAAUCAAUGUUUUUUCAAAUGCGUAAAUUGGAUUUGUAAGUGACCUCAGGACCUAAUCAUCGCAAUAACUAUAAAACACGCUAACUUCAUCAUUUAAAGGGGGAAAUGAUAAAACAGCAUGCAACUUCUCAUAAUUAAAAGCCAAAAUCGAACAAACAAAUUUUACAAACAAAAAAGUUUAGUCCAAAGCAACUCGAUGUCAUUUUAAACCACGGAAGGCAAGGAGCGGCCCGCCACGCGCGGCUGGCCAGCAGUCUCCAACGAAAACCCUCGGCAGCCACCCGCCAGCGUCAGUCACAAUAUGUCCUUAGUAGAAGGCGUCUCUGAUACCGAACAGACUAUUAGACAAGAGGAGGACAAGACCGAAGCGUCGCCGAAGAAAAACGACAAGAGACAGAUGUCAGACUCAUACAUGUGGAAGGAACAGAUCCACACUCUGAUGAAGGGCGGAGAAAGCGAGUCCGACAUUUCGGACUCGGAGCAUUUCCUCACCAAGGGCGCGUUCCUUCUCACCCCCUCCCACGGCCUCAGCAUGGAGAAAGCCUCCGCCAUCUGCGAGAAGAUGGAGUUCAAAGGCUGCUUUUCACUCACCAAGACCGCCACUGGCAUCCUCUUUAAGUUCUCCAGCGUUGAUGAUUACCAGAUGGUCUUCAAGAAGGGUUUCCAUAAGGUUACCGGUUCGCGGUUCUAUAGGAAGAUCGCAAUUCCUUGCAGACCUCAAAAGACGUUCACUGUGUACGUGUACGACAUCCCCGAUGAGGUCCCGGAGGAAGACGUGCGCCACGCCCUCUACAAGUUUACCUCUGUGGUGGAGGUCGUCCGUCUGUACUACUCCGGCUCGCCGAAGGAGGGUAACACUGGUACAUCGACCCCCAAGCCUCUGGAGAAAACUUCCUCUCGUGCUUUGACCACGAUCGACGGAGAGCUGGUUAGCAGCAUGAUCCCGAAGGAGGCGACCAGUGUGAUACGCAUCACGCUUGCCAACAUCGAGGAGGCCAACAUUCUCCUCCAGAACGGCCUUGAUUUCUACGGUGCCACGUUCUUUCCGACUGAGCUUGCCACUCCUGCGCAGGCUGCUAAGCUUAUUAAGCCAAGCAGGGUUACGGGUGGUACUGUCUCGGCCAGGGUACGCGAUCUGCUCCCAGUGUUCGAUCAACAAGGGUUUGCCAAGUUUGCCCCUCCAGCCUCCAGACUGGUCAAACCGCGGUCCAAGUAAACACAGACGAACCUUAUCCAUCCAAUUCGUACCACGAGAAUGAUCUUCGUAAGGACAUGGAAUUCGAAAACGAAUUUUAACAAAAGCAGACUAAUUAACUCAUUCAGUUCCAUUAGCUUUGUUUUAAUCUGAUUGUUUCUCAUCGCCCUUUUGAUUCCAAAUUAUAACGUAAGAUUUAACUUUAAGAUAUUUUAUAUGUACUUAAGCUUUCGUAUUUUUGUACCAGUUAGCAUUUACUUGUUUAAUUCUGUCGUACUAAUUGUAUGUGCCAUUUAAUUUAUCAUUGACGCCAUAUUUUAAUAAUUGUUACCAGUUGAAUAAAUGUAUUAUUAUUAAAACGA